CGAGGAGCCAUUGAUGCUUCCACCGUGGAUCGCCUCGACUAACGUCAUUGGUGCCAAGCCUAUUGAUGCCACUUUACAUUUACCAGAGCCUCUCACCUACAAUGCAGCUACAGCUCCAACUUCACUGAACGUUUCCACCUCCAACUUACGCAGCAAUGGCAGACAUAAUCUCCCUCUCCGAGCAGCUAUCCUCGCUGUCGGCUACACACAAAGAAUGCAUGUCGCAAAUAUCGCAACUUAGCAAACUCAGCUCCGAAUCCUCGCGGACCGUCCUCUCACAGCAAAUCCACCACACGCUCCGCACCGCCGAAGGCCUAUACGAAGCACUUGCGGACAGCGCGCCCUCCUCGCACACGGCCAAGGUGGGCGAAGACCUGCGAAUCGCGCGGCGGGCGUACCGCAAAGCGCUGCUCGCCGCAAAGCGCAACGAGGAGCGCGAAGCUCUGUUCGCCGGCCGCCGAAGGCGCGACGAAAAGGGAAAUGAGGACGUCUCGCAGAAAGAACUGCUGGUGACCGCGGGGGAGGAUGUUACCGCCGCCCUCCGCCGUACUCAGGCGCUACUCGCGGGUGAGCUGCAGAAAAGUCGGUUCGCGAGUGAAACGCUGGCGCAGAGUACCGAGGCAUUGAGGGAGCUCGGUGAGAGGUACUCGGCGUUUGAUGAUGUGCUGGGAAAGAGUAGGGAGCUCAUCAGGGAUUUGGUCAAGAAGAAUAAGAGUGAUCGGUGGUAUUAUGAGAUGGCGAUCAAGAUGCUCAUUGGCAUGUUGGUGUGGAUUGUCGUUAGGAGGUUGUUCUGGGGCCCGAUCUGGCUGUUAGUGGUUUGGCCGAUGAAGACUACGUGGUGGUUUGUUGCAGGGUCUGUGGGAUUGGCGGUCAAGGCAGGCAAGGGGACAGAGAGCAGUGUGUCGAUUGGGACAGAGACGAGGGCAGUGGUUAUGCAGAGUCCUGUUGUCAUCGCGAGCGAUGUGGUGCGAGAGACGGAGACGGAGAGGGAGAGGGAGAGAGAGAGGGAGGGGGAGAGGGAAGAUGCGAAGACAAUGAGUGAGGUCGUUUCCAGGAUUAUCACUGCCGCCGAGGAGGAGGAAGCCACGAUCAUGAAGAAUACGAUGAGUAGACGUGUUGAUGAUCCAACUCCGCAGCCGAAGGUGGAAGAGGAGGAGGAGGGAGAUGCGGAAGCGUUGAGUGAGGCUGUGGCUAGUGAAACGGACCUACCCAAGGAGGAGGCGGUGGAGGGGGCGGAGGAGGCGGUGGAGCAGGAAGUUGAAGACGAGGAUGCAUACCGGGAAUCACUGUCAGCGAGAUAUCCGGGCACAAACUUUUGUUAUUUGGACUAGA